UCACUCAUUUCUCUCCAUAAAUCUCAACCCAUUUCUCUCUUUCCUUGUACUGUUCUAUUCAUAUUCUCCACCCAAACAAAACCCCCCCAAAAAAAAAACCCUUAAUUUAUCUAAGUCCACAAUGGCAGAGGAAUUCGAAGAAUCCGAGGUUAUUUUCUACGGCGAAGACGACGGCGGCGGCGAUAACCGAUUUGAUCAUCAUCAUCGUCAUCAAGAAAUGUUUAGUACUAAUAAUACUAACCAUUUGAUGAGGAACAAGAACAACAAAUCAACUCUGAUGUCUAAGAACAAGAAAAAAGGUAAAAUCAUGGCGAGUUCGAUGCCUAUGAACAUUCCUCGAGAGGCGGCGAAUCUGUUUCAAAUGGAUUUAGAUCGAGAAAUUAUUUGGAAUAAUAAUUUUAAUGAUGACGAUGGUGAAGAUGAAGAUGAUGAAGAAUUGGUGCCGCCGCAUUUGAUCGUCCGGCGGCGGCUCGCCGGAGGAAAGAUGGCUUAUUCUGUUUGUUCCGGCAAUGGGAGGACUCUCAAGGGAAGAGAUUUGAGUCAUGUUAGGAAUUCUAUUCUCAGAAUGACUGGUUUCUUGGAAACAUAAUAGUUUUUUUUUUUUAAUUUUAGAUAAGAAAUUUAUAUAUUGAGAGAGGAAAAGAAAAAAAAAAAGAACUUUUGGGAUUUAUCAAUAAGAAAAAUGUUACAUCCCUAUAAGUAAUUAAUUAAUUAAUUCUUACUUUUUUUUUUUAAAUUUUUUAGGUUGAUUAAGGAAUAUGUUGUAUUUGAUCAGUUCAUGAUAAUGAUGAUUGGAGAUUCAUAUAUAUAUAAUUAUUUUGAUGAUAAUAUAUAUUACAUUAUUAGUAA